AUGAAGAUCAAGUCGCACGACCAAAUCACCUUCCCCGAAGAUGUCACCGUCUCCGUAAAAGACCGCAUCGUAACGGUGAAGGGGAAGCGUGGCACGCUCACAAAGGACUUGCGUCAUCUACAGCUUGACUUCCGCGUAAACAAGAAGCUCCGUACCUUCACCGCAGUUCGUUGGUUUGGUAACAAGAUCAAUAACUCAACCAUCAACACCGCUCUCUCGCACGUGCGCAACAUGAUCACGGGUGUUACAAAAGGCUUCCGCUUCAAAGUGCGCUUCGCAUACGCUCACUUUCCCAUUUCCGUGACGGUGGAAAACCAAUUGGUGGAGAUCCGUAACUUCCUUGGGGAGAAGCGUGUCCGCCGACAGGUGGUGGCAGACGAUGUGAAGGUCUAUCGUACAGAUGCUGCACUUGUCAAGGAUGAACUCGUGCUUGAGGGGAAUGACUUGGAACAGGUGUCUCGUGAGGCUGCUGUGAUGCAUCAGCUCUGCCUAGUGAAGAAGAAGGAUAUCCGUAAGUUCUUGGACGGCAUCUACGUGCAGACAAAGACCAACAUCGAAGUUGAUGAGUAG